GAGGUAACGAGCUAAGCUUGGACACAGAUUGGCCUUCAGGAAGCGGAACACCGGAUCUUAGGAUUCGAAAAUUUUGUCAUCACAGAAAUGUAAAAUACUAGCUGAACAAUAAUUUGCUUGUUAAGAGGACAUCUAACGUUAACUUUUUAAAAAUUGCAUUCUGAGAGAAGGGAGAGACGGUAUGUCUGCCGACUGGUUGGGGAGCCUGGUGUCCAUCAACUGUGGGGCAACACUGGGCGUGUACCAGGGGGAGGUGACUUCGGUGGAUCAGGCCAGCCAGACCAUCUCUCUCAGACAGCCCUUCCACAAUGGCAUCAAGUGUCCAGUCCCGGAGGUCACUUUCAGUGCCAUGGACAUCAAGGAGCUGAAGAUCCUAGAAAUUCCAAAUGGUGUCUGUAGGAACAGCAGCAGCCAGGGCGUUCCCACUGACCCAUGCCCUGCCUCCUCUGGGUUCAGUGGGCGGAGCACUGGGGCUGCAGGCUGUGGAGGCCCAAGCAGCAGUGCCCCAAUGGCAGUGCCUCGGAAAGCAUCCGCUAUCGGCCGAGCCGCCAGCCAGGCCACGCCCAAGAAAAAUGGGGUGAAGAACGGAGGAGGGGGGCCCAUGAAGGUGAAAGACGACGAGUGUUUCGGGGACGGCAUGGACCCGGGCCUGGACACGGACUUUGACUUCGAAGGCAACCUGGCCCUGUUCGACAAGGCGGCGGUGUUCUCUCAGAUCGACACGUCGGAGCGCCGCGGCAACGGGGCGCGGUCCCGCGGGACACCCGGGGAGCGGACCCCUUCCCGCUAUCGCCAUGACGAGAACAUCCUGGAGGCCGAGCCAAUCGUCUACCGGCAGAUCACUGUGCCGCAGCAGGGGGGCAAAGAGUACUGCACCGACUCCGGGCUGGUGGUUCCCAGCAUUCCCUAUGAGCUGCACAAGCGCUUGCUGUCGGUGGCCGAGCGGCACGGCCUCACGCUGGAGCGCAGGCUGGAGAUGACCGGCGUGUGCGCCAGUCAGAUGGCGCUGACCCUCCUGGGCGGGCCCAACAGGCUGACCCCUAAGAACGUGCACCAGCGGCCAGCCGUGGCCCUUCUGUGCGGCCCGCACGUGCAGGGGGCGCAGGGCAUCAGCUGCGGACGCCACCUGGCCAACCACGAGGUGGAGGUCAUCCUCUUCCUGCCCAACUUCGUCAAGAUGCUGGAGUCCCUCACCAACGAGCUGACGCUCUUCGGCAAGACGGGCGGCAAGCAGGUGUCCAGCAUCAAAGACCUGCCCGAAACCCCGGUGGACCUGGUCAUCAACUGCCUGGACUGCCACGAGAAUGCUUUCCUGAGGGACCAGCCCUGGUACCGGGCGGCGGCGGACUGGGCCAACCAGAACCGGGCGCCGGUGCUCAGCAUAGACCCGCCCGUCAGCGGGCAGGAGCAGGCGGUGGAGGCCAAGUGGUCCCUCUCCCUGGGCCUGCCCCUCCCCCUGGCCGAGAGCGCGGGGCGGGUGUACCUGUGCGACAUCGGCGUCCCCCGACAGGUGUUCCAGGAAGUGGGCGUCAGCUACCACUCCCCCUUCGGCUGCAAGUUCGUCAUCCCCCUGCACUCUGCGUAGCCAGGGGUCAGAAGGGGAGGCCGUGGACACAAAUGAGCCUUAAUAUCUCGAGAGUGUGAACGUACGGACGUGCCUGCUUGUGAUUGGGGAGGGCGGGUGGAUCCUUGGGGAUACGGGGGGGGGUUUAGGUGGCAUGCCUGGAGGGAGCCACCAUGUUGUCAAGGGACUGUGGGUAAUCUCCCUAAUCAGAAUGUGCACUCCUUUGUGUUUCAGUUUUCCUGUUGUUUUUUUUUUUUUCUUUUCCGCUUUUUUCCAAAGUUAGCAGGUCUUGCGCUGAUAUGCCAGCCAGAGGAAGGAAAGGCGCAGCGAAAAGAACGUUCUGUAUGUUUAUGCUCAUUUAUUUAGUGAUAAGCCCACAGAAAUAGACUCCCCUCUAUUUAUGUGCCGUGCUGUUUACAGAGGUCUGAAGACUGACCGAGUCUCUCUCUCUCUCUCUCUCUCUCUCUCUCUCUCAAGGGAAGUCCCUCCCCUUUUUUUUCUCUUUCGUAGUUUCUGCCGUUUCUGCGGGAGAUUGAGCCAGGUCGUGCGACAUUGGCUUUUGACCGCAUGCGAAUGCGACCGUGCGUCGUUGACCGUGUGGAUUUUUGUUGGGAGUUGGGGUUUACGUUUGUGCGCUCUUUAAGGUCAGCUAAAGAAAAGUGGUUGAACGUUACCACAAAGAAGUGUUGCAGACUCACAGGGACAACAUGAGUCUUUAAUUUUCCCUUUAAGAGAAAACCUAAUGUCACAGGGAUGACUCCUUUGAAAGAUGUUUGUGCCAGGAGUGACCUGCAGUCGGAAGCAUUUCAUUACCAUUUCGUCCUUCUUACUUGUGCUCAGUGUUUAUUGUGGUCUUUAUUUCUAUUUAUUUUUAGUUGUCACAAGUUCUGACUUGUGUUGCUGUGUCACAAAACAGAUUCCUUGGUCUUUUGUUAAGACUUUUCAGUUACAUCUCAUAAAACAUUGGUUUUUAAAAAUUGAUUGUCUUUGGAGGGGGGGGGGGGUAUGUUUUUGUAUAAUAUGAAUAUUCAUGUGCACAUGGUUUUGUUUGUGACUGAAAAUGCCAUGACUCCUAUCCUUUACUAGCUGGGAAAGACACCGAAGCAAUUAUGGGUAAAUGCAGUGACCAAAAAAAUAUUUGGCACCAGGUCACAAUGGCAAAUAAUUUUGUUUCAUUGCAUUUAACUAUGUGGAUCAUUCUCCAAAAAUUGGGUCAGUUCCUACUGGUGGUCUUCAAUCAGAAUCAGUUAUUUUAUCACAGAGAACAAUGUUGUCCUAAAAUAUUUGAAGAAUAUUUAGGGAAAUAUUGUACACAAUAAUGGUAUUUCUCUUCCCUGUGUAGUUUUUUCUGGUUACAAACUUUUCUGUGACAUUUAAGUGCAGUAUUUUUUCUGUGGAGGGGAAGAGCUGGUUUUUAAUUUUCACUGUGAUUGGUGCUAAGAAACCCAUUUGUUUCACUGCAAAAGAAAAUGGAAAAAAAUAAAUGCCACUGGUAAUAUUGCCACUAAACUG